AAGCGUGGAGUCUGGUCAUGUGACCUGGAAAAUGAUGUAAACGCAUCAUUGCUUUUGUUGUAAAAACAGUUCAUGUAUCAUGGGUGUGCUCGGUCAUCUUCAGCUAUGGAAAUGCUUGUAUUCAUCUGUAAAUGUUCUAAUGCACACUUGAUGUGCUGAAGAUGAGUCAGCAAGCUUCAUUCAGGUAUGAGAGUCUCUGUGUCAGCAAGAUGCUCCAACAGAGUGACAGCUGAAAUUGGACACAGAUGCUGGAGCUGAUCAUUUGAAGACAAGGCAAUUUAAACAGUCAGAUCUCAAAGCAAGGGUAUCCACAGCACAAGAUUCACUCAGUGCCAAGAUGUUUUGCAUUCUGACCGUCUUUGCAACCAUUUUCACAGCUUAUGUUGUGACAGGGGACAACCUGACUCAAAACUACAACCCAGAUGUCCUUAAUGUGGCAAACUAUGCCAUGGACUUCCAUAAUCGCAUGAGCAACUACCCCUAUGCCUUUAAAGUAGUGGAUAUCUUAUCAGACACAGCACAGCUCUACCCUCCGGCUCGAGUUAAGUACAUCUUAAAGAUACAAGCUGCCCAGACGAUCUGCAAGAACCAAGCAAAUGUGAAUCUUACAGAAUGUCCUUUACAGACUAAUGCAGAGAGCAUGAUCUGUUGCUUCGUUGUGUUUGCUGUGCCAGGAAAUAACAAUAUCCCUAAACGCCUGCUUUCAGAUCAUUGUGCCUGAUUGGAUUGGAGAACUAUGAUAAAGUGCUUUCCGAUAUUAAAAAGUUGCAACCAUAUGUACUUUAUUAUCAUAAUUAUUAUAAAUGGUUUAUUUAUAUUUGCCCAUAGUUAUCAUAUCAAGUUUGUUUCACAAGCAUUAGUAAACCAUACUUCUCCAGUUACUAAUACAUUAGCCUGCAUGUCUAAAUGAUCAUGUAACAUGUUGUGAAUCCUUAAAGUGCCAUGUGGUGUCACAAUAUUCCAAAUUAUAAAUAAAUAAAAAUAAAAAUGCAUUAUAUAAAGCCUUGAUUA